AACUCUGCUCCCAGUAACUAUUCUCCCAUCUGCCAGCUUUCAUCCAAGUGUGAUAACAGGUUCUUCGUCAUCAGAUUUUGUGUUCCAAAAUUAGGAAAUUAUCCUUUUCUUGAGACAUACUCCCAUCCAAUUCGAUGCAUCUCCAGAAGCCGUAACACAAGAUUGUCCACUCUGGUGUGGAAAAAGUCAACUGCUCUUAAUUGCUCUAGUGUAUCUCAAUCUUCAGCUUUGGAUGAUGGGUCCUUCGAACUUCAGCAUUCAGGUCAUGAAGCACAAGCCAAUCCACUAGUGAAGCGGUUUAGACUUGGUCAAGACAAGACAUCUGUAUCAGUGAAGACUGACCCCACCUUAGAGCAACCUGAUGAAGAGUGUAACUCUCAAGUCCAGACAGCUAACCAGGUUGAAAAUGAAUUUCCAAGAAGCUUCGAUGGAAGGCCUGCAAACUUCAAUGAAGCAUAUGAUUCUCCAUCUGAUUCAGAGAGUAUAGGGGAGGGAAAUUCACCUUUAAAUACUGCGAGUAAAAGAUAUCCAAUAUCUGAUAUGACCAUUUUCAAAUACUGCCUUGCAAGCUUGGCUGAGAAAUCUCUCAUACUCAAGGAAAUUGCAACCUCUGCUCCUGACAAAGAAAUUUUAGAAUUCGCUAAUCAUGUGUCACACUAUUCAGGAUGUUCGCAUCAUGGAAACCAAAUAUUAAUUGCCAAGAGAUUAAUAAACCAUGGAAGAAAUCUCUGGAAGGUGAUGCCUCUAAACAAUCACCACAUUCUUUGGGAGAAUGCUGUGUAUGAGAUUCAAGAGCAUUUCGUGAAUAUUGCUUGUUGCAGUUCAAGGUCUCUCUCACCUCAGGACCUAAAUCUUCUGAGAAGGAUCGCUGGAUGUCAAGAGUACCUAACACAAGAGAACUUCGAGAAGUUGUGGUGUUGGUUGUACCCUGUGGCAAUUACAAUAUCAAGGGACUGGGUAAAUCCUAUCUGGAAAUCCACAUCACCUAAGUGGAUAGAAGGGUUUAUAACCAAGGAAGAAGCUGAAGCUUCACUACAAGGUCCCACAGGAUUUCAAGAACCUGGUACCUUUGUACUCCGAUUUCCUACCUCACGAAGCUGGCCACAUCCAGAUGCUGGUAGCUUAGUUGUAACCUAUGUUGGCAAUGACUACAAACUGCACCACAGGCUACUUUCUCUGCACCAGGUUUAUGGUUCUUAUAGCACUGGCGAUAGAAGAGUUGACAUGAAACCGCUUCAAGAUAUGCUAUUGGCAGAACCUGAGCUGUCUCAAUUGGGAAGGAUAAUAAGAAGUCAUUAGGCAAACUAUAAUUGUUGCAGAAUAUUCCCAACAUUCGUGUUAAAGUUGCUUUCAAGGUUGGUUGUCUUUGCUCGAAAGACUCAGAAAAGUAGAUGGGAGUGGUGGCCUGUGAACUUUGGUAAUAUAUUCUACAGUUUACUUGUAUAUUAUGAAAAAUUAAGGUUUUAGGCGUAUUGUUGUAAACAUUAGUGGCUGAUAAUCUUUAUAUAAAAAGUUAUCCCCAUUUAUUUGUAUUCAAAA